AUGAAUUUAAUACUUUUUCACCAAAACACAAAUAAAUUUCCUGAUAAUUCGGUCAACAAAGAAGAAAACAAUUUUAAUAAUAAUAAUAAUAAAAGUGAAAACAUCAAUAAUAAUGAUAUAGAAAAAGAUAAAUAUAUGGAUGAAUCAGAUUUAAAUUAUUUUGAGAAUGAAAAUGAAAAACUAAAAAAACAAACUCAACAAGAUACUUUUUCAUUGCCAACUCCCAUUGAAAAUAAUAAUAAUAAUAAUAAUAAUAAUAAUAAUAAUAAUAAUAAUAGUAAUAACAAUAAUAAAAACUUAACACCAACUAAAACAACAACGACAACAACUACAACUACAACAACAACAAACAAUAAUGAAAAACUUUGGAAACCAAAGAAUAAAACACCAUGGAUUGGAGCAAAAAUAACAACAAUAAAUUCAUUUGAAUUUUAUAAUGGUUUAAAAUUUGAAGGAAUCGAGUAUUAUACAGAUUUAACUGUAAUGUUAAAUAAAUUCUCUGAUAAAGAUACAAAAGUUUCUUCAUCAUCAAUUUAUAAGAUAUCAUCAUUUUUUGAGAAUAGAAUUAAUGGAAUAUCUUAUGUGGAAUUAAUUAAAAUUUAUAGACCAGAAGAGACUCCAAAUGGUAGAAAACCAUUUCAUAGUCAAAAAGAAUUAAUACCAAGUAAAGAUACAGAUAUAAUGAAAGUUGAAAAUAUUAAAAGAUUAGUUCAUUGUACCGUUCAACCAAUCUCUGAAUAUAAAAAGAGAUUACAAUUCCCAAUGAAUGCAUUUUGUUGUCAAGACCAAUAUAUAGAUGUUUUAAUGAACCAUAAAGCAAAAUAUAGAUUAUUAUAUGAUACCAUUGUAUUGGAGAAAGGUAAUAGUACAGGUUCUUUAAAAAAUCAAGAAAGUGAUAACUCUCAAAAUAAUAAUAAUAGUGAUGACUGUGAUGAUGGUGAAGAUGAUGAUGAUGAUGACCGUGAUGAUGGUGAUGUCGAUGAUUAUCAAAAUAUAAAUGAUAAUAUAAAUGAAAAUAUAAAUCAAAUUGUAAAUAUAAAUAUAAAUAAAACUAAAAAAGAAAAAGAAAAAGAAAAAGAAAAUGAAAAUGAAAUUGAAAAUGAAUAUAGUGGAUUUAAAAAAUUUAAUAAUAAUACCAGUUUUGAUAAAUCAGUUGAAAGAAAAGAAAAGAAGCAGAAGAAAGAUACGACAAUAAUUGAAGAUGAUGAUGAUGAUGAAGAACCAGUGGUUAUAGCUACUUCACCCAAAAAAAGAAAAGAAGCUGAAAAAAUCUAUGAAAAUGUAUUUGAUAUACCAAGUAGUAGUAGUAGACAUAGUCAUAAUAGUUACAGAAAAGAAUAUUCAUCUUCAUCAUCUUCAUUUUCAUCUUCAACAUUUAACAGUAAAAGUACACAAUAUAAACCAACAUCAGAAGAACAUAAGAAAACAAUUGAUAGAUUAAAUAAAUUGGUUGAAAAUAGUACUCAAGCAAUUGAAAUGGAUCUUAAUAAUCAUAAUUCAAAUGGUGUAGGUGAAGCAAUUAAAAAAUUAUUAGAAGAAAAAGAAAGAAAAAAAUCAAGAAGAUUACAUAAAAUUGAAAUUAGUGAUGAUGAUGAUGAUGAUGAUGAUGAUGAUGAUGAUGACGAAAAAGGUGAUGAAGAAGAACAAAAAGAAAAUAAUAAUAAUAAUAAUAAUAAUAAUAAUAAUAAUAAUAAUAAUAAUAAUAAUAAUAAUAAAAAGAAAAAGAAAAGUAGUAGUAAUAGUAAUGGUAGCAAAAAUAAUAGUAACAAUAAUAGUAAAAAUAAUUCAUUUAAUUUGGAUUUUGAUGAAGAUGAAGAUGAAGAAAAAGCUAAACCAUUUAAUAUUUAUAGUCAAGAAGAAAGUAAUAGUCAAAAAUAUUUUAAAAGUAGUCAAGAUUUUAAUUCAAUCAUUGCAACUUUUGGUGAUUCAAAUGAUGGUGAUGUUAGUAGUUUCAAUAUUAAUAUAACUAUUGGUAGUACUAAUAACAAUAACAAUAACAAUAACAAUAGCAAUAAUAAUAAUGGUAACGGAUAUCAAAUUGAUGGUGAGGAAAGUAGUGGUAUAGGUUUAAAUAAUGAUGAUGAAGAUAGAUAUAAUGAAACAAUGGCAAUACUUUUAGAGGAUAAAAAAAAUAGAGAAAAUAAAAUACUUGAUAAUAAAAAUGGUGAUGAUUUUUAUGAAUAUCAUUCAUCUAAAUUUAUAAAUUUAGAUUCAAAAAGAUAUGAUAAUAAUAAUAAUUUAAAGAUAACAAACUUUUUUCAACCUGUGAAAACACCACCUAAAAAACAACAACAAACACAACAACAUCAAACACAACAACAUCAAACACAACAACAACAACAACAACAACAACAACAACAACAACAACAACAACAACAAGGUUUAAUGUCAACAGAUGAUUCAGAAAGAAUUAAAAAGAAUAGACAAUGGGAAGAUUUUACAAAAAAUAGUCCAAAGAAAAGAGUUUUACAAUUUGAAAAUGUUUCACCAACACACCAACCAUCAAAAACAUUUGAUCCUGAAGUUAGAGCUCAUUUAUUCUCUUUGGUUAAAAAUAAUAAUAAUAGAAUUGACAAUUAUUUCGAUAAAACAUCAACCAAAAUAACAUCGCCAAAUAAAAUAAAUAGUGAUUUUGUUACAGAUGUUGAUUUAGAUAAUGAUAUUGAUGUUCAACCACAUAGAGCCAUUGUAAAUAUAGAUAAUGAUUUAACUUUAAUACCAAAUAAAAAUGAAAAAUCACCAAAUAAAAAUCGUAGAAAUAAUAGUGAUAGUAGUAGUGGUGGUAGUAGUGGUGAUGAAAGAAAAAGAAAAGCAAAACUAAAGUUUGCUGAUAAAAGUGGUGUUAUAAUAUCAGAUAAUGAAGAUAGUGAUACCAAUAACAAACCUAACCAUAAGCCAUAUAAAAGAUUAAGACAAACAACAUUAACAUCAACUAUUAAAAAAGUUAAACCAACAAAACCAUCAUCAUCUUUACAUAUUGGUAAAAGUAAUAUUUUAAGUGAUAGUGAUGAUGAAGAAAUUGUAAUGAAGAAACCAAGAAGAGUUUCAACACCAAGAAAGAAGAGAACUAGAGGUCAAUUCUUUAUGGAUAGAGAUAAAAGUGAUGAGGAAAGAGGUGAUGAUACCUAUCAAAUUGAUGAUUUUGUAGUUGAGAAUGGUUCAGAUGUUGAUGGUUCAAGUGAAGAAGAGGAAUUAAAAAGAAAAUCGAGAAGAAGAGAUAGAAAAAUAAUAAUAAAUGAUGAAAAGGAUAAUGAGGAGGGAGAAGAAGAAGAAGAAGAGGAAGAAGUUUCAAUUCUUUAUGAACCUAAAAUUAAAGAAAGAGAAAAAAUUAAAGAAGGACCAAUUGAUAUUGAUACAAAUGAACCAAUUUAUUAUACUCCACAAUCUGGUUCAACUAAAAGAUCAUCAAGUAUUUUAGAUUAUUUCAAAAGAGAUGAUAAAGAUUAUCAUGAUCAUGAUGAUAAUAAACCAACCACUACAACUACAACAACAUCAUCAUCAUUAUUAUCACCAUCAUCAUUUGAUGAGGAUGAUUUUGAAAAUAAGAAAAAAAUGAAAGAAUUUCAAAAACAACAACAAAUGAAACAACAACAAACUCAUCAAGAUCCAAAUUUUAUUAAAGAAAAAGUAUUAAAAGAGUUUUCUAAAAAGUUUACCAUUAAAGAAUCAUUUUCAAUCUUUAUUCAAUAUGUAAUUAGUUGUAUUGUUGAUGAAGAGUUUUCAAGAGCAGUGAUUGAAGAUAAGGAUGAAUAUUUCUUGGAUGCAAUUAAUAGAGUUAAAAGUUUUAUCGUUAGUAAAAAGGAAGCAUUGGUAUUGGGUAAUAUGUGGCAUGAUGAAUAUUUACAUGAUAUCACACAUAGACCAUUUCUUCAUUCUGCCGAAGUUUCAGAAUAUGAUUAUGAAGGUAGAAAAUGUAAAUCAUGUAAUAAAGCCAAACAUAAUGUUACCAUCAUUAUCUAUUUCUCUGGUAGAUCCUAUGAUGUCGAUGAUUUUUGGAGUGGUUAUUUUGAAAAUCCAAAACGUUUAAAAGGUACCACCAAAGAUGAACCAAAAUCAAUCGAAUAUGAAUUGGGUUCAUUCUGUUUCAAACGUUCACAACUUUUUCAUCAACUCCAUCAUUUUCCUUAUAAAUUCUUUAGAGAUGUUAAACAAGAUGUUAGAGAUUUACAACAACUUCAUUCGGAUUGGACAAAUCAAGAUAUUCUUUUUCAUAUGACCUCUCCAGAUAAUAGUUAUGUUUCAAGCUAUUUUAACUUUUUAGAAAAUUUAUUGGAUUGUGUUGAUAGUUUUUCAAAAUUAAAUUGA